UCACCAGACAUGAACGGGUCAUCCAGUUCUGUGCCUGAUCAAAAUUCGCUGCUGGUAACCGUCAGUGGCCGAGAGCGGUGACAGCUGCACAUUUAGUCCUCUGCUCUGCACCCACUACAAUCGCCAAAAUGUUCGAGGAAGCCAGUGAAGUGUUUGACAACAUGUUUAAAUCGUCGUUUCCCCUCACCUUCAUAGUGUUUAUCCCCGCGGUGCUGAUCCUGGUGUCUCCGCUCCCGGCCGAGGCGGCUCAUGAGUUCACGGUGUACCGCAUGCAGCAGUACGACCUCCAGGGACAGGCGUACGGCACCAGGAACGCCAUCCUGAAUACGGAGGCGCGUACUGUGGAGGCAGAGGUACUAAGUCGCCGCUGUGUCAUCAUGCGUCUGGCAGAUUUCUCCUACGACAAGUACCAGAAAGCCCUGCGCCAGUCGGCCGGCGCGGUGGUCAUCAUCCUGCCCAAGAACAUGUCGGCCAUGCCGCAGGACAUAGUGCAGCAGUUCAUGGAGCUGGAGCCGGAGAUGCUGGCCACCGAGACCAUCGUCCCCGUCUACUUUGCCGAGGAGGACAAUGAGCUGCUGUCCAUCUACACCCAAACCCUCACAUCCUCGUCCUCCCAGGGCUCCCUGUCUGCAGCCGAAGUACUGCUGCACACAGCCACAGCAAAUGGCUUUCAGAUGGUGACCAGUGGAGCGCAGAGCAAAGCCAUCAGUGACUGGGCCAUCACCAGUUUGGAGGGCCGUCUGACUGGAGUUGGAGGGGAGGACCUCCCCACUAUCGUGGUGGUGGCCCAUUAUGACACUUUUGGUGUUGCUCCGUGGCUGUCGUAUGGCGCAGACUCGAACGGCAGUGGUGUGUCUAUGUUAUUGGAGCUGGCUCGUCUCUUCUCCAAGCUCUACACCUAUAAGAGGACGCACGCUGCGUACAACCUGCUGUUCUUCGUGUCUGGCGGAGGGAAGUUUAACUACCAGGGCACCAAGCGUUGGCUGGAGGACAACUUGGACCAUACAGACUCCAGUUUGCUGCAGGACAACGUGGCCUUUGUGUUGUGUCUGGACACUCUGGGGAACGGGGACUCCCUCUACCUUCAUGUGUCCAAACCACCGAAAGAGGGAACCCCUCAGUAUUCUCUUCUCAAAGAACUGGAGACGGUGGUCGCGAGUCAACACCCUGAAGUCAAGUUCUCCAUGGUCCACAAGAAAAUCAACCUGGCCGAGGACAUGCUGGCCUGGGAGCACGAGCGCUUCGGGAUCCGCCGGCUGCCGGCCUUCACGCUGUCCCACCUGCCCUCGCACCGCUCGGCGCAGCGCUCCAGCAUCAUGGACGUGCGGUCAGUGUCCCCCUCCUCUCGCCAUGGAGCGGGAGAGCCCCCUGCUGGACCUCAUGUAGACGUGGACAAGCUCAGCAGGAACACCAAGGUGGUAGCUGAGGCUCUGGCGAGGGUUAUCUACAACCUCACGGAAAAAGGAGCUGCUGGAGACCUCCAGAUUUUCACAGAACAAAUGCAGGUCCAGGAGGAGCAUCUGUCGGCCGUGGUCGACUGGCUCACGGCGCAGCCUCGGGCCGCUCAGCUGGUGGACAAAGACAGCAGCGUCGUCUCCACGCUGGAGUACCACCUCAGCCACUACCUCAAGGACGUCAAAAGGCACUACGUCAAAGCUGACAAAAGGGACCCAGAGUUUGUGUUCUACGAUCAGCUGAAGCAGACUAUGAACGCCUACAGGGUGAAACCGGCUAUUUUCGACCUGUUACUGGCUUUCUGCAUUGCAGCCUACUUAGGGAUGAUGUAUCUGGCUAUCCAGAACUUUGGACUCCUCUACAGCGUUGUCCGAAGAAUCACCCUGCCCAAAGCCAAGGUCCACUGAGGGUUCCUGGUUUCAAGUCCUUACCGUUACCUCGACCCUCAAACCCAGACACUCUAGCCAGUAAGAACGCAGAAGCUGGACCGGACUGCUGUUCUGACCAGGACCAGAGACGGUCACUUCCAUUUCCUUCACCCGGAUGCACAAACUAUGAUGUCAGAUCCUGUCUUGCUGCCAACCUUGUCCUGGUCUCAAGGACCACGAUAUUCAGGAGUCGUGCUUUGAGAUGUUAACAGCUUCUUGUUGUUGUUGUUGUUUUUCUGUGUUGACCUUUUUUAUUUCCCCCGCCUCUCAGUACUCGUGGAGCCAAACUGAUGUGUGUCGUUUUAGGCAGCUAGAAACUGAUCACAGAGUUAAGUCUUGAGUUUGUUUUUUUUCAAGAACGGUGAUCACAGGCCUGUUUAAACAGAAAGAUGCAAAGUUUUCGUUCAAGGUCGAGCUCACAAAUGCUUUAGAGGUGUUCUCUAAACACAUAACUAUUGUUCUUUGUACAAAAAAAUCCUUUUUCUGCUUCAAAAAAUUCCCCAAAAGGUAUCAAAUUUGUAACGAGAGGCUCAAUUACCAAGCGUUGAGUUUCUCAAAUCGAUAAUAUCUAAUUGCCUUCGAGGUUUUUGUGCCAAUUUAACCUGCAUGUGUAGCCUGUCUCCACUAAUUUAAUUCCUGCAGUGUUGACGGCGGCGUUCUGCUGGAGGUGAGUUUGAACAAGAGGAACGAUCAAAAUAAUCAAGAACACCUUCAGAUUUGUAUUUUGUUUUUUUUGAGCAUGUAAAUGUCUCAAGGCUAUAUAAAAAAAACACAACUCCUCAGAAAUACUGUUUACAGGAAAGACGAUCUAUCUGUGAAAUGUGAAGAUGUUUCUAGACCUUUUUUAUUUCCCCCCCUACCACCUGGUGGCUUGUGCAAGUUUCCCCUAAUAAACUAAUUGUGCAUUUCCUUUUCUUGAUUCUGCCAUAAACCUUUUUUUUUUUUUUUUUUUUUUUUUUUACUUUCAUGUUGCUGUGUGAGUUUCUAUGAAAUAUUUUUUGCUUCUUGAAUGAUUUCUUCCCUCGAUUAAAGUGAUCUUUUGUUAAAUCAUGAUUUGGAGGUUAUGAGAAGGAUCGUGAUUUCUUACCAUAUCAGAGCAUGCGUGUGGUGGGAGUGUGCGUAAACCUCCUAAAUCACAUUUAUCUUUAGAAAUUAAUGAUUUGAUUUGGACUUUCUUUUUUUCCCCAGAGUAAGAAGUUUAAUAUAAAACACUGGACUUUAUUAAAAAUGGGUAGUAAUCAGAUAAAUGAGGCAGAAAUGCCCCCAAAUAGUUAAUUCUACAGUUUUGCCUUUUCUUGUUUUGUGUGUUUAUCUGCGUCGUUUACCUGUUUUCUUUGAGUUUCUGCAUGACCCAUGAUAAUAAUUACAGGACUUUUUUUUUUUUUAACUUACCGACAGAUGAAAAGCUGUGGUACAAAAUGAAAUCUUAAUUUAUUGGAGCAGUUUUUGUCUGUGCACUGAAAUGAACUUUCCUCUGCAGCCUGUUUCACAUCAUCUGUGACACUCGAUCUUUGCAAUGGAAAAUUAUUGUGAUUUAAAAAUUAAAUGACAAUGGGACUUA